AUGUACUCCUCUGGCGGUGCGCAGACGGGUGUCUCCACCCCGCGCUCCUCCAACGUCUCCCGCCCUCUCGCCCUCACACAUGGCUCCCUCGAGUUCAUCUUCCUCAUACCCACCGCGCUCCACUUCAACGCAACACAACUCAAAGACGCCUUCAUUACAACCCUCCCAGAGCCCACCGACGAGCUUGCGCUAGAUGACGAGCCUUCCUCCGUCACCGAACUCGUCGCCCGCUAUCUCGGCUUUGUCGCCCGCGAGGUAGAGGAGGGCGACGAACCCGGCACAUACGAUGAAGUGCUCAAGCUUCUCGUGCUCGAGUUCGAGCGCUCCUUCCUCCGCGGCAACGAGGUGCACGCCAUCGCCGCCAACCUGCCGGGCAUUGUGGAGAAGAAGCUCAUCACCGUUCGCUCCUACUACGCUGCUCGUGCGGCAUCACAACGACCCAUCCGAGCCCACGAAUCGGCUCUGCUGCGAGAGGCUGCCGACGAGAAUGCAUACAUUUACGCCGUCUUUGGCGGCCAAGGGAAUAUCGAGGAAUAUUUCGAUGAGCUUCGGGAGAUUUACACCACCUAUCCUUCGCUCGUCGAGGACUUCAUCUCCACCGCCGCCGCACACCUCCAAAUCCUGGCGCGCGAUUCGAGGGCGGAGAAGCUCUACCCCAAGGGCCUCGAUGUCCUACGCUGGCUCAACAACCCGGAUUCCGAGCCGGACGUCGACUAUCUCGUCUCCGCGCCCGUCAGUUUCCCACUCAUUGGCCUGACCCAGCUUGCACACUACGUCGUCACCUGCCGAGUCCUGGGUACCCAUCCGGGUCACGUCAGAGAUCGCUUCUCAGGCACGACUGGUCAUUCUCAGGGCGUCGUGACCGCCGUUGCCAUAGCUGCUUCGAGUAAUUGGGGUGCCUUUGACAAGGCCGCGCGUGACGCGCUCACCAUCCUGUUCUGGAUCGGUGCUCGCAGCCAGCAGGCGUAUCCCCGUACUUCGCUGGCUCCCAACGUCCUUCAGGACUCGAAUGACAAUGGCGAGGGCGCCCCCACGCCCAUGCUGACCAUUCGUGAUCUUCCCAGAUCAGCGGUCCAGAAGCACAUCGACACAACCAAUCAGCAUCUUCCCAAGGAACGGCACAUCGGCAUCUCGCUGGAGAACAGUGCGCGGAACUUCGUUGUGACUGGCCCUCCCAUGUCGCUGUACGGUCUUAAUCUCCAGCUUCGCAAGCUCAGAGCACCUACUGGCCUCGAUCAGACUCGCGUGCCCUUCACGGAGCGCAAGGUUCGCUUUGUCAACCGAUUCUUGCCCAUCACUGCGCCCUUCCAUAGCCCGUACUUGGCAGAGGCCAUUGAGCACCUCGAACAGGACCUCAAAGAUGUCCAAAUCAGAGCGGACGACCUUGGCAUUCCGGUAUACAACACUCACACCGGAGAGGACAUUCGCGACGCGCAUGAACGAGACAUUGUCCCGUCGAUUGUGCGAAUGAUCUGCAAGGACCCAGUCAACUGGGAGAAGGCGACUGUCAUGCCAAAUGCGACCCACAUUCUCGAUUUCGGCCCCGGCGGCAUUUCCGGCCUCGGCGUGCUCACCAAUCGCAACAAAGACGGCACCGGAGUCCGAGUCAUCCUGGCUGGAACGAUGGACGGGACAAAUCCGGAAGUCGGCUACAAACCAGAAAUCUUUGAUCGUGAUGCCGAGCACGCCGUCAAGUAUGCGGUGGACUGGGUCAAAGAGUACGGCCCGAAGCUUGUCAAGACGUCCGUCGGCCAGACCUUCGUCGAUACCAAGAUGAGCCGCACGUUUGGCCUACCGCCAGUCAUGGUAGCUGGUAUGACACCUUGCACCGUGCCCUGGGACUUUGUCGCCGCAACUAUGCAAGCUGGCUACGAAAUCGAGCUGGCUGGAGGAGGCUACUACAACGAAAAGAGCAUGACCGAGGCGAUUUCGAAGAUCGAAAAGGUUAUUCCGGCUGGUCGGGGCAUCACACUAAACUUGAUCUAUGUCGCCCCCAGAAGCAUGGCUUGGCAGAUUCCUAUGAUCAGCAAGCUGCGCAGCGAAGGUGUGCCCAUCGAGGGUCUCACAAUCGGCGCUGGCGUCCCGUCCAUCGAGGUUGCCAACGAAUACAUCACGACACUCGGUAUCAAGCACAUUGGUUUCAAACCUGGCUCUGUGGAGGCCAUUCAACAGGUCGUCAACAUCGCAAACGCCAACCCUUCCUUCCCGGUGGUGAUGCAGUGGACUGGCGGCAGAGGAGGUGGUCAUCAUUCAUUCGAAGAUUUCCAUCAGCCCAUCCUCUCUAUGUACGGCAGAAUCCGGCGCUGCGCAAACAUUAUUCUCGUGGCUGGUUCUGGAUUCGGCGGUGCUGAAGACACCUAUCCCUACCUGACCGGUAUCUGGGCGCGCAAGUUCGGGUACCCUCCGAUGCCAUUCGAUGGAGUGCUCUUUGGUAGUCGUUGCAUGGUUGCCAAGGAGGCAUACACUUCUCUGAAGGCCAAGCAAGCCAUCGUUGAUGCUCCCGGUCUGGACGACUCCGACUGGGAGAAGACGUACAAAGGUCCCGCAGGUGGUGUCAUCACUGUGCGCUCCGAAAUGGGCGAACCGAUCCACAAGUUGGCUACGCGCGGCGUCAAGUUUUGGUCUGAAAUGGAUCAGAAGAUCUUCAGCCUGGACAAAGCCAAGCGCAUUCCGGAGCUUAAGAAGAACCGAGAGUACAUCAUCAAGAAAUUGAAUGAUGACUUCCAAAAGCCGUGGUUUGGCAGGAACAAGGCUGGCGAGAGCAUUGACCUCGAAGACAUGACGUAUGUCGAAGUGCUCCGACGCAUGGUCGACUUGAUGUUCAUCAAGAAGGAGAAGCGCUGGAUCGACAAAUCACUCGCCCGCUUGACUGGUGACUUUAUCCGUCGCAUUGAGGAACGCUUCGCCUCUGGUGAUGGCCAGGGAUCCAUCAUUCAGAACUACAGCGAGCUGAACGACCCCUUCCCGACAGUACAAAAGGUGGUCGACGCUUUCCCGGCUGCAGACGAGCAACUCAUCAACGCCCAAGAUUGCCAGCACUUCCUUCUCCUCUGCCAGCGCCGUGGACAGAAGCCCGUGCCAUUCGUGCCAUGCCUGGACGACACCUUUGAGUUUUUCUUCAAGAAAGACUCCUUGUGGCAGUCUGAGGACCUAGCGGCCGUCGUCGACGAAGAUGUCGGAAGAGUUGCCAUUCUCCAAGGCCCAGUGUCCGUCAAGUACUCCACCAUCGUUGACGAACCCAUCAAAGACAUCCUGGAUGGCGUGCACCAAGGUCAUAUCGCAAGUCUGACCCGUGACUUGUACGCCAACGACGAGAACCGCAUUCCGGUUGUGGAGUACUUUGGCGGAAAGCUUGUUGAUAUCGAGCCCAGCGAUCACAUCACCGCGGAAGGCCUGUCGAUUUCCGAGAUUGAGAACAAGACCAUCUACCGGCUUUCGGCAGCGUCCAACGUGGCUCUACCCUCGGCCGGCAAAUGGCUGCAAUUGCUUGCCGGUAAAGCUCGAACUUGGCGCCACGCUUUCUUCACCGCGGAUGUCUUCGUUCAGGGUCAACGCUACCAGACGAAUCCCAUGCAUCGCAUCUUUGAGCCAACGCCAGGGAUGAUGGUCGAGAUUUCGUAUCCCAACGAUCCGAAACGCACUCUCAUCAGCGUAAAGGAGCCCUCGCAUGGCAGCGGCUACGUACAAACUCUCGAGGUUGGCCCGAUUUCAAAAAAUCAGAUUGGCGUCAUGAUGAUUGAGCAUCGCACUGCGUCUGGCAAGCCUGUUGCUCUACCAUUCAGAUUCUCAUACCACCCAGAGACCGGCUAUGCGCCGAUUCGAGAGGUCAUGGAGACUCGUAACGACCGGAUCAAGCAAUUCUACUAUCGCAUCUGGUUCGGUGAGGAUGAUGUCCCCUUCGACAAGCCCGUCACCAGCCGCUUUGACGGCGGUCGUGCAACCGUGACCGCCGAGGCGAUUAACGACUUUGUCCAUGCCGUGGGCAACAUGGGUGAGGCUUUUGUCGAUCGACCCGGGAAGGAAGUCUACGCACCCAUGGACUUCGCCAUUGUCGUUGGUUGGAAGGCUAUUACCAAGCCUAUCUUCCCUCGUACCAUCGACGGAGAUCUGCUGAGACUGGUUCACUUGUCAAACGCGUUCCGAAUGCUCCCUGGAGCCACCGCACUGAAGAAGGGCGAUGUGGUGGACACGACGGCAGAGGUGAACGCCGUCAUUAACCAGGAAAGUGGAAAGAUGGUUGAGGUCUGCGGGACCAUCACUCGUGAUGGCGUCCCAGUAAUGGAGGUCACCAGCCAGUUCCUGUACCGCGGAGAGUACAAAGACUACGAGAACACGUUCCAACGCAAGAUGGAAACCCCGCGACAGGUGCACAUUGCAGACUCCAAGGACCUGGCUGUGUUGCAAUCCAAGGAAUGGUUCAACCUAGAGGACACUGACAUCGACUUGCUGAAUCAGACACUCGUCUUCAAGCUACAGACACUGGUGCGGUACCGCAACAAGGAUGUCUUUUCGUCCGUGCAGACGCUUGGCAAAGUCGAGCUGGAGCUGCCGUCGAAGGAGAUUGUCCAGGUUGCAUCGGUGGAGUACGAAGCGGGAACGUCAUAUGGCAAUCCGGUCAUGGACUACCUCGAGCGCCACGGCUCUGCUUUGGAUCAGCCCGUGCAUUUCGAGAAUCCCAUCCCCCUCAACGGCAAGACCCCGCUCGUCUUGAAGGCACCGUCCUCGAAUGAGACGUAUGCCCGCGUGUCUGGAGAUUACAACCCCAUCCACGUGUCUCGGGUGUUCUCGAAGUAUGCGAACCUACCUGGUACCAUCACUCACGGAAUGUACUCGAGCGCCGCUGUUCGUAGCCUGGUCGAGACCUGGGCUGCGGAGAACAAUGCCGGCCGUGUUCGAAGCUUUCAUGCUUCGUUGGUCGGUAUGGUGCUUCCAGACGACACCAUCGAAGUCAACCUGCAGCAUGUCGGCAUGAUUGCGGGCCGCAAGAUUGUCAAGGUCGAGGCCAGCAAGCCCGACACCGAGGAGAAAGUGUUGUUAGGAGAGGCCGAGGUUGAGCAGCCGGUGUCUGCGUACGUCUUUACCGGCCAAGGUUCGCAAGAACAAGGCAUGGGCAUGGAUCUGUACAACAGCAGCGAGGUUGCGAGAGAGGUCUGGGACAGAGCAGACAAGCACUUCAUGGACAACUAUGGCUUUGCGAUUACGAACAUUGUCAAGAACAAUCCAAAGGAGCUCACGGUCCAUUUUGGUGGGCCGAGAGGCAAGGCAAUCCGCCAGAAUUAUAUGUCGAUGACUUUCGAGAGCGUGUCAUCCGACGGCAGCAUCAAGUCCGAGAAGAUUUUCAAGGAGAUCACCGAGACGACCACAUCGUACACUUACCGCUCGCCGACUGGCCUUUUGUCCGCCACUCAGUUCACGCAGCCGGCUUUGACGCUCAUGGAGAAGGCAUCCUAUGAAGACAUGCGCUCGAAGGGCCUCGUGCAGAGAGACAGCAGCUUCGCUGGGCAUUCGCUCGGCGAGUACAGCGCUCUUGCAGCCCUGGCAGAAGUCAUGCCUAUAGAGAGCCUGGUUUCCGUGGUGUUUUACCGAGGUCUGACGAUGCAAGUCGCCGUCGAACGUGACGAAUUGGGGCGCUCCAACUACGCCAUGUGUGCAGUCAAUCCCUCGCGCAUCAGCAAGACAUUCAACGAGCAAGCUCUGCAGUACGUCGUGGAGAAUAUUGCCGAGACGACAAGCUGGCUGCUGGAGAUUGUCAACCUCAAUGUGUACAACCUGCAAUACGUCUGUGCUGGCGAUCUCCGGGCUCUCGACACGCUCACCAACGUUCUGAACUACCUCAAGGCACAGAAGAUUGACAUUCAACAGCUCAUGCAGACCAUGAGCAUGGAAGACGUCAAGGAGCAGUUGGUGGGGAUCAUCAAGGAAUGCGCGAAGCAGACGGAGGCGAAACCCAGCCCCAUCGAGCUCGAGCGUGGCUUCGCCACCAUUCCGCUCAAGGGCAUCGACGUGCCCUUCCACAGCACCUUCCUGCGCUCCGGCGUGAAGCCCUUCCGAUCCUUCUUGCUCAAGAAAAUCAACAAGACCAGCAUCGACCCGAGCAAGCUGGUCGGCAAAUACAUCCCCAACGUCACGGCGAAACCCUUUGAACUCACGAAAGAGUACUUCGAAGACGUCUACCGCCUUACGAGUUCCCCGCGCAUUGGCAACAUCUUGGCGAACUGGGACAAGUACGAGUCGGACGAGAACAUCCAGCGACCACGAGCCGGUAGCACGGUGAUUCAUUAG